AUGGCUUCGCUUCUACGUCAGAUCGUCGCUGGCCCUCGCGCCAGACAUCCGGAAGCAGGCCUGGAUCUCUGUUAUGUGACGGACAAUAUAGUUGCAACCUCCGGCCCUUCACAAACAUAUCCCCAACGAGCAUACCGUAACCCUCUCGACCGUCUCGUCACUUUCUUAGACGCUAAACAUGGCAAAAAUUGGGCAAUAUGGGAAUUCCGCGCUGAGGGCACCGGGUACCCAGACCACCUGGUGUACGACCGCAUCCGACAUUACCCCUGGCCAGACCACCACCCGCCGCCUUUCAGACUGGUUCCCAUGAUCGUGGCCAGCAUGAGGAAUUGGCUCAACGGGAACGACCUUGAUGAAGACGGUGCGCGUUCUGAGGACAAGUCUAAAUUGAUAGCACGAGUGUUGGAACACUGGAAGGACAAGAAGAACGGUCGCGUGGUUGUCGUGCACUGCAAGGCAGGCAAGGGACGAAGCGGUACCAUGGCCUGUAGCUUCCUCAUCUCCGAGUGCGGCUGGACGCCUGAGCAGGCCAUCAAUAGAUUCACGGAAAGGCGAAUGCGGCCAAAAUUUGGCCCGGGCGUCAGUAUACCCAGUCAAGUACGAUGGAUCGGCUACGUGGACCGCUGGACGAAAGGCGGCAAGAAGUAUGUGGAUCGCGAGAUUGAGAUCGUUGAGAUCCAUGUUUGGGGUCUGCGCAGUGGCGUCAAGCUCUCAGUCGAAGGCUUCGUGGACGAAGGCAAGAAAAUCAAGGUCUUCCACACCUUCAAUAGGGAAGAGCGCCUUGUCGUGGAGGGGGAUGCGCCGGGUAGCUCGGGGAUAAUGGAUUCGAUAUAUGAACUUGCCGGCUAUGACUUUACCAAAGGCGCACCCAACCGCACUCCCAGCAGCUCUGCGACGCCCGUGUCGGAAACUAUCGAAGCACCAAAGAAGUCUCACACGGCGAAGCUGAUCUCGCCAAUAUCGCGCAACGCUUCUACUGGCAGCACAUCUAAAGAUAACUUGGGGUGUUCGAAGUCGAAGAGGAAGUCGAAAGUGUUCGCUGACGACUCUGGCCAUUCCUCGUCCACGUCGGUGGACAAGCUUGAUCCCGAGCCCGGAGGCCGUGCCGUCAUCUUCAAGCCCAAAGAACCCAUCAGAGUGCCUACGUCCGACGUGAACAUUACCCUCGAACGUCGCAACCGUGCGCCCAGCUCCAUGGGUCUCACGAUGGUGACCGCCGUGGCCCACGUGUGGUUCAACGCCUUCUUCGAGGGCGACGGCCCUGAGCAGGGUGGGAUCUCAAGGGACAAUGGCGUGUUCGAGAUCGAGUGGGAUAAGAUGGACGGCAUCAAGGGAUCGAGCCAGAAGGGCACGCGUGCGAUGGACCGCAUUGCCGUCGUCUGGCGAAGCGUAGCUUCGCAAACCGCCGAGGGAGUCGAGACAGGACCAAAUGAGGUCGUCAUUACGGAACCGAGCGAGAACUCUCCCGUGCCGCAAAUGCAGCCCGCGGACUGGAAAGGCGGGAACGACGAGGACCCGGCGCAGGAGAAAAAGCUGGGGCUUCGGGUGCAAAGUCCAGAUAGUGCGAAUGUAAGCCAGGCUAGUAGUAUCAAUGAGGAAAUCGGGAAGGGGACGGAUGUUGAUGUUGAUUCUAUUAAGGGGGUGAGGAGUGAUUUGCCCGGCGCGGAGAUGGGUGACGAUGAGGAGACGAGGGGGAGGAAGGGGCAGCCGGAGCUGGAGGCUUAUGCGGAGAAGCUGCCUAGUCCGGAAGGGAGUGGGAUGGAUGAUGGGAAGAAAUAA